AUGAACUUCUCAAAUAUUUUUGAACAAAUUAAAUUGUACACCAGUGUUAAGGAGAUUUUCAACAAAACCACAAAAACCGUUCCCUACGGAGCCGUUUUUAAAAAAAUUGGCUAUCAUAUUUGCUUUUAUUUUCACCUAAUUUCUAAUAGUUCUUUAACUACUAUUGACUACAUAAUUCUAUUAACAUUCUUAAUUUUCUGGAACAUUAUUUUACUUGUUAGGUGUGGCUUUCCUGUUUUAUAUGCCUCAGAUGCAGCCAAAAUUCACCACAUUGGAAACCAAAGUAACGUGUUUAAAGAAUUAUUAUGCUUUAUGCUAGCACAACAUGUAUCAAUGAUUAAAGUUAUUAUUUCUAAUUUCAUUGCCCUUGCUCCAUUUCUGCUCUCUUUUUUAGAUUUAGCGGUCUUUAAUGACGCCUCUUUACAUAAAACCGAACUCAUAUAUCAAUGUCUUUUGGAUACCCAUGUGAAGCAUUCCUCCAAAAACGUGCCAAGCAGUCCCUUAAGUAGCGCAGGUGACACCAAAAUAGAAAAUUUUUUAAGGCUUACUGAUUUAGUUGCACAUUAG